GGCAAUGGUUUGUUGCUGCAGGCUGCACAAUGGUUGUCAAGAUGAGGACCAAAACUCAUACAGAUUUUUCGCGUAUUUUUUUAAUGCGACCAAUAUUACUCAUCUUUAUUUCAUUACCGCAAAACUUAGAAUGUGCACGAUGCCAGAAUUUUAACUUUGUUCAAAAUGAUGCUGCUGUGCCUGGAGAGAAACCUGAAUAUGAUGCUAAAAUAAUGUUUGGCAAUUAUUCAUGCCCUGGAGCAACUGAUCCUAAGCAUCACACAGAAUGCUGUAGUACUCUGGGAAUGAGAGGUUGCUGUCCUAAAGCAAGAUAUUUCUAUGAAAUUGAUAAAACAGUUGCUGCUGUUAUUGCCAUAUCUGUGACAUCUCUCAGCAUUGUAAUUACCAUUGUAGUUGCUAUCUGCUGUUUUUGGUCUCGGUGUCCUUUAUAUUCAGCAUGUAGAACAGAAUUUUCUCCAGAUAUUGCGACUUAUGUGAGUAAGGAAGACAAUAUUGAUAUGGAUACAAUGCCUAGAGAAUUAUCUGGAAAAGGAAGCAACAAGUUUUCUCCCAUUAAUAUAAGUAAUGGCAACUUACCAGUGGGAGUGGAGGUUGAUACCAAGUAAUUUUUUGCAUUGGAAGAAAACUGCACCAAGGAGAGAAUAGUACAAGCAAGGAAGUGAAGAAAUAUGUAUAUUUUCCUGCCUUCUUGUGGCUGACUUUUGUUGCUGUGAUAUUUUUAUUAGAUUUUAUAUAGCACUGUUUGAAAUGCAUCUGUGCAUUUCUUAUGAUAAAUCAGUGAUUCCUGAUAUUUCAAUUUUUUUUUUUUUUUUUUUUUUUUUUUUGUGUGUGUGUGUGUCUAUAUUAUAUAUCAAGAUGAUAAUGGAACUUGUAUGUCAAUUUAUUGAAAAUGCACAACAUCUGAAAUGUUCUCCACAUUUUUAAAGUAUUAUUUAGUAUACUUAUGAACAUGUGAGCUAAUGUGUGCAUUAAUUCCCAUCUUUUGAAGUGUUAAUUUUCGAAUUAGAAUAUUUUAGAGGCUCUGUUGUCUGCUAAAAUUUAGAACUGAAGCAUCAGUUUUCAAAAUCAUUUAAAGAAGCAGAUCUUAAUAUAAUAAAGGUUUUAAGCAUUAAUUUAUGAAUCGUUAUUUUUAUGGUGUUGUAUUUCGAUGUGAAAGCAAAUGUAUCAGUUGUGUAAGUGAAACAGUCAUAGCACAGUUGAAUGAUUACUCAAAGUUUAAAUUGAAUAUGGCACGUUUUUUAAAUGGUUUGAGUGAAAGGUACUCUUUAUGAUAUGAAAAAGACAUGAGAUUUUUCAUAAUUUUGUUUUUCAAAUUUGUGAAGAUGAAACUGUAUAUAGUUAAAGAAUUAAUUCUUGAGAUACAGAAUUUUGUAUAUGUGUCUUUGCAAUUGUUUUCAAGUAACCAAAGUGAUUCAUUGUUUUAACACAUUAUCACCUUUUAGUUUACAGUUUGACUGUGCCAUUUUUAACUUAAAUUUCUCCUCUCCCCUUAAUAUCAUAAUUUUAAAUAAUUGUCAGGGACAUUUAUUUUCAGUGUACUUUAUAUUGUUGCUUGUUUGCAGGAAAGAAAUUUUGCUUCAGAAGCAUAUCAAUGUGCGAUACUUAAAGAUUCUAUUAUAUUAUGAAGUUCAAGAGGCAUAUGCACCAGGAAUUGGGUAAUAGAUUUUCUGCGAUGUCUUUAGUUUGUAAUAUUUUUCUUAAAAUCUUUUAGUCACAAAAACUGUAUUUUUAUUUGAAUUGCCAUAUCCUCUGAGAUAUGUAGCUGUACUUAAUAUUUCAUAUGCAGAUUUAUAAUCUGCCAUUUUAUACAUGAGUAUAUAAACCACACUUUUCACUGACUUCACAGAGCUGAAACAUUUUAGUGCUUGCAGCUUAAAAUUUUUAGUGUAUUUAAUUCAGUGAAUUCUUCAGUGUAUAUCAAGCAUUUUGAUAAUUAAUAUUGUGUACUUAAGUGCAUAACAAUGUAAUGUUGGUAUUGUAUUGAUAAAACAGUGUGAAGUUAUUGCCUUU